CUUUUGAGGAGCUCUCUACUGUAUAAAAGAAGAUAAAGAGAUAAGACAAGGGCUAGCCCUGGCUGCCGGAAUAGGCCAGCGCCCCUCUUUCCAGUCUAGUUGCCGGGCCGAGCUGCCCCUCUUGGAUCGACGUCAGCCAGCCUCACAACACUAUCUCCGUUCAGUAGAUACGUAUCGUAGAUCAGCCAUUGCUUCGUUUCAAUCUCAAUUGCAUCCUCGUACCCAAACAAUUCUAACAUUGUUCACACCAGUUGACCGACAAUAUGUCCAAGAACGCGCAAUCCAAGAUCAUCUCCAGAGGUCCAUUGGACCCCUCAGAAGCCAAAUGGGCCCGACUGGUCAAAACCACCUACUCCGACCCCAACGGCGUCGAGCGCACCUGGGAAUCCUCCGAAAGAACGACUCGCCCGGAGACCUGUGAGAUUGAUGGCGUUGGGAUCGUGACCAUCCUCAACAAGGAGACCGGUCCAGAGCUGCUCCUGCAGAAGCAAUACCGGCCCCCGAUCGACAAAGUCGUCAUCGAGGUUCCAGCCGGAUUGAUCGAUGCAGGUGAGACGGUGGAGGAGUGCGCCGUCCGGGAACUCAAGGAGGAGACGGGGUAUGUGGGUGUGGCGGAGCAAACGAGCAGUGUCAUGUUCAAUGAUCCCGGGUUUUGCAAUACUAACCUGAACAUGGUCCAUGUCCGGGUGGAUAUGUCCUUGCCUGAGAAUCAGAACCCCAAGCCGGAGCUGGAGGAUAAUGAGUUCAUCGAGUGCUUCACGGUGCCCUUGUCGACGCUCUUUGAGGAGCUGAAGAGGCUCGAGCGCGAGGGUUAUGCUAUUGAUGCCCGGGUGGGCACGAUAGCGGAGGGGAUCGAGCUUGCGAAGAGGUUCAAGCUUUGAGGUAGUUGUUGUAAAGAAAAAGGCUUCGGAUUACGGAUGGUCUACGCCUGAAGUUACGAAGCCCUCGAGGGCGCGUCAACGAGAUGACGGUUCCCCCGUUUUAGCACGGAGAGAGAUGGCAUCUGCUGCCGUGGUUCUAGACUUCUAGAGUUUCCCCUCCUCUUUGAGUCCCCUGUACAGCGCCCAUGCGGCAAGGGUCUUCCCAUCGCGCACACCUUCCUUCCAUAGAUCCUUUAAUGGCACCACUUUCAGCGUGAUCUUCUCUCCGUGCUGCCGUAAUCCGGUCAGCCUACCCUGCAGACUCUCGAUCUCCUUGCGCGGCAUGCGCUUCUGGCACAGAAACAAAGGGAUGAACUCGUCACUGCCGCCCGCC